UUUUGCAGAGUCGGACCGGAGAGAGUGAGUGAGACAGACAGCAGGACAAGACGGGACAGCACGCCGGAACCUCGCUUUUGACGGCAGGCAGCGAUGUUCGCGAACGUGGGACACGAUCGUCCGUGAAGCUUCAUCGCGUGUGUUCUAUCUCGCCUGAACCCCGUUGGUAAAUCCAGCCUUCGCCAUGAGCUGUCUGGAUGUUAUGUACCAAGUGUAUGGUCCCCAGCCUUAUUUUACAGCAGCUUACAGUCCUUACCACCAUCAGAAACUAGCGUUUUACUCGAAAAUGCAAGAAGCGGCGGACAGUACGAACAUCAGUGGGUCAUUUUCUGUGCACGGUUCUGCAAUCAAAGAGGAGGAAUUGCGCAGCGAGAAAGAGCGUCCACCUGAAGCGGAAUAUCUUAGCUCCCGAUGCGUGCUCUUCACUUACUUCCAGGGUGACAUUAGCAGUGUUGUUGAUGAACAUUUUACAAGGGCACUGAGUCAGCCCAGCAGUUACACUCCUGUCAGCAGCGACUCUAAAGCUUCAAGAGGCAGCACGAGUUCUUGGCGAGAUGGCGCCUUCCCAAUGAACCAGCGGAGUUUCCCUCCAUCUUUCUGGAACAGUGCUUAUCAACCCUCCAUGUCAGCAAGCCUAAGUAGCAGUUUAGGCAGUGCAUUAGCUGGAGCUCCCACUGAGCUGCCUUUUGGAGCUGACCCAUAUUCAAGUGCCUCUUUGCACACUCACCUGCACCAAGGAGCUCCUGAGCCCUGGCACCACCAUCAUUAUUCAUUGGGCAGUGCCAUGAACACGCAGAGCUCUGUCUACACACGGCCUAGUAUGCAUGAUGUAUAUGGGAUGGGUGCACCUUUUGACCCACGCUACAGUUCACUGUUAGUGCCUUCAGUGAGGCCACAUCGGUUUCCUGCUGUCCCUACACCCCAGUGUGAUCUGGUCAAGAGUGACACUGCCUCCGCAUGGACCACAGGGGCCUUCACAGGGCCAACCAGUGACAUGAGCCAAACCCUCAACCUCAAUGUGGAUGCAGGUCUGGCGCACCAGGAAAAAAACAAGGAUCUUUACUGGUUUUAGAGCACUCACCAUCUACCUCGUUCGGCUUCCCUGUAUUUUCUACCUGAAACAUUUCUCUUCCUCUGUGUACAGUGUGUAACAGAUUUUGAUCUCGGUUUCAGCUCGCCGUUACUCCCUUUGUGGUGGACCUCUGUUAAGCUGAGUGUUAUACACAGCAAAACGCUUCAAUCAAAAAAAAACAAUUACUUUUAAAACUGCAAACUUCUCACACGGUUGACAAACUGUGGAAGCUGACUGUUACUGUCUACGUUGAAAAGGACAAGACCCCCAACAUCUGAGGGACACUACAAGAAGGAGCGGUUUUGAAGUGGUUGAGCAUUUUCAGAAAAGUAAUCAUUCUUUUUUUAUCAACGAAAAACCCAAGCGGCUGAACCAAAUUCUGUUUGAUCGAUACCUUGAAUGUGCGUACCGGGCUUUCAAAACUGGACUAUAACUGCACUGGGACCUUCCGAUAGACUCCAUAAUGCUCGUCGUGAUUAAAAUGCAAGCAGUUUUGUUUUGUUCCAGUGUUGAUUGUGACAGGACUACUAAAGGGAAGUAGUGACAAAUGUUCGAUGUUAAAAAUGGGCAGUUAAACUGGGAUAAGCUGCCACACUCUCUGCAAAGCCCAAGCCUUAGUCCCGGAGCCACAUGUAUUUCAGUAAUGGCUAGAGCUCCAGCAGCUCUCUGUGCGGGACUGCCGCACUCCCAGUCAGGACAACUCAAGAUCUCUGAAAGUGGCGGAAACAAACUGUUUUGGGGGAGGUGGGUGGGAAGUGGGGACGUUAUGAAUGCCAAUUUCAAGUUCCAUCAAGAUAUUUUUUCUCUCUCUCUGACAGAUGAACUCCAGUUAAUAAAUUCUGUGUGGCCUCCUUUUCUGUUGUUGUUGCCUCUCGUGUUCUGAAGGUGUUCUGGAGAAUUGUUUUGUAACUGGCAAACA